AUGGCCCAUGAUCUCGCGUGCCUCGUGAUUCCGCCUCAAGUCCCCGUCCUUUUCUUGUCCGAUAACGAUUAUCUCGUCGACUGGAUAUCCUCCACGUCAUCCCUUGGCGAGUCUUUGAUGGUGUUCUCCAGUCUUCUCGGCGGCGACCGAUCCCACCACGCGAAACUCAAGCCCUCGCGGAGUUCCACGUCCUCGAGCAAACCCGUUGCGCCGCCCCGCCGCUCCUCCCCGAACCCAUCCACCCACUCCUCUACCGCGGCCGAGCAAGAUGCCUCCCACGCCGAAUACAUCUCCGACGAGUCCCAGCUCCUGGGUGUCCCGGACGAGUCUCCCGACCUGCGGGAGUUGAAUAACAGCCUCGAGGCUCUUGCUGUCGUCUUUCCAAACGUGCAGAUUGAGGUGUUUCGGGAGAUGCUGGCGAGCUUCGAGGGCCAAUCUAGGUUAGCCCUUGUGGCCGAUGCGCUGCUCAAGAACCGGGUUGCCUGGGUCAAGGGCCGGUGGCGCGUCGUAGAGCCUCUGGAUGCCCAGGAAAAGCAGGUAGCGACGUCAGCGGUGAACGGUAGCGCCGCGCGGGGUUCGCUCCUGGUCCCGGCAUCCGAAACCUUUAGAAGCGGCCCGUACAAGGAUGCCGUCAAGGCCCUCGCCUGGCACGAGUUCAAGGGCUUGUCAAGGUCCACCAUCAACGCCGUCCUGGCCGAGUGCAACUACGCGUACCUCGACGCGCGCGUCACCCUGACCAACCUAUCUUCCCGGUCUUGGCGAUUUGCUAUAUCCUCACUGUUCUUCAGGCGCAAGCCCGUCACAUCUGCGGAGGCGCAAAACCACCCGCUAGUGACGUGGAAACAGGAGCUCUACGACGCGCUCGUCCGACCCCUGCGAGAAAAGGCCAGGCAGGACCGCGAGGUCAAGGACAAGGAGCUCGCUCAGUUCCUCAACAACGAGGAGGCUGCCGAAACCGAUGCGACCCACGAGUGCUGCUGCUGCUUCACCGACGGCGCCUUUGAGGAGUUUACCAGCUGCAGCGUGGCCGGCCACCUCCUGUGCUACAACUGCGUCCAGCACUCGCUCUCCGAAGCCGUCUUUGGCCAGGGCUGGCACAGCGUGGACGAGCCCACGGGCACGCUCAAGUGCAUGGCCGUCGAGGGCGACGGCUGCACCGGCCGCAUCCCCUCGGACCACCUCCACCGCGCGAUGCUCGACAUGCCCAAGGGCGCCGACAUCCUCCACCGCUUCGAUCGACGCCUCGCCGAGCAGAGCCUCGUCGGGGCGCAGCUUCGCCUCGUCCACUGCCCCUUUUGCAGUUACGCCGAGGUCGACGACGUCUACCUGCCCCAGACCGCGCGCGACCUCACCCUCCGCCCCAACCGCGUCCUCCACGUCAUCGUCUUCCUGCGCUCCCCGCCAGGCCCUUACCUAGCCGCCGAGUGGCAGCGGGCCCUCCAGCGGCGCUACCGCCGCCGCCGGGGCCCCAAGUUCACCUGCCUCAACCCCGCCUGCGCGCGCGCCUCGUGCCUCUCGUGCAACAAGUCGUGGGAGGACAUCCACCAUGGCCGUCAAGCGCGUGUGCCCCGCUGCAACACCUCCUUCGUCAAGAACGCCGGCUGCAACAAGCUCCGCUGCCCCUGCGGCUACAAAAUGUGCUACGUCUGCCGCAAGGACAUUGGCGAGGAGGGCUACCGCCACUUUUGCGACCACUUCCGCCCCGACGGCGACCCGAAACGCUGCACCGAGUGCUCCCGCUGCAACCUCUGGGAGGCCGACGACACCGAGCUCCUCCUGCGCAAGGCCAAAGAGGACGCCGAGAAAAAGUGGAUGGAGAGGGAGAAGCGGGCCCUGUCCGGCGCCGAGCGCAAGUUUCUCGAGACCGGCUUCUCGGGCGCCGGUGGCCGCGCCGUCGUCGAGACUAUGCUCACGAGGAGACGGAUCCCCACCUUGCCCGAGUUUCUCGACACUAUUCUCGAACUCAUGUUUUACUAA